GAGGGGGGGGGCCCGCGCGCCUCCCUUUCGGUCCCCCCGGGGUCCCCGCGGCUUGGAGACUGGGCCGCCCGCGGCCGCCGCCUCUGCGCGGGGCGUCCUUUAGCUCCUCAUCAAGGUCGCUCGCGCGCGGGAAAGACGCCCCCUCCCCGGAACGUCCUGCCGGGAUGUUGUGCGUUGGCUGCCGGGGCCGACGCUGCCGACCCCCUUCUGCUGCGGCCGCCUGCACAUCCGGAGCUCACGAGGUUCCGGCUGCACCAGAUAAUAGAUGAUUGAAGAGAGACCUCCACUUCAAGUUCUUCUCAUCUCUACAUUGCAUUAUAAAUUUAAUAGAAAGAUAUAGAUGGAUUAAGAUAGAUAUAGUUGGAUAUAGAUAGAUAGAUAUAGAUAGGUUUAAGUGCCAGGCAAGACAACAGUAGACCCAAAGUAUUAUCCAGUCUGCAGAAGUGAGCUGAAAACAGAAUUAGUGGAUGCUCGGAUAACCUGAUGGCUCUAAAUUAACUCCGACUUCAAACCAGAGUUAUCAUUCAAUCAAAGCGGGAGGAAAGAAAAGGGGGCACUGCAUGACUUGACUAUGGAAUACCAUUUCCAAAUAGCUAAAGCGUGACUGGAAGCCUAAUGAAUUUCAACCACAGAGAUUCAGAGAGCAUCACUGAUGCCUGCUCCAGUGAGGAUGUUCGUGAAAUAGAGUUGGUGAGCAUGCUAGAAGAACAGUUACCAGAGUAUAAGCUACGAGUGGACUCUCUGUAUCUGUAUGAGAACCAAGAUUGGUUCCAGUCCCCAGCCUGUCCUACCCAUGUGCCUGAGACCAUCUCUCCAGUCCAUGCUGAGGAGACCUUUCGUUACAUGUCUCUUCUUGAACUUCCCCCCUCCUCUUUAGCUGGACCUCACACAUUUUCACAAGUUCUGGGCACAGACAACGAAGAGCAGAUAACAAAAACAUACAGUGAUGUUGACCUGCUCAAACAUCUGUUAGCUGAGAGGGAUCGGGACCUGGAGCUCGCAGCCCGGAUUGGACAAGCUCUUCUUAAGCGGAACCAUCUCCUGACAGAACAGAACGAAGCAUUAGAAGAGCAGCUAGGACAAACCUUAGACCAAGUUAACCAGUUGCAACAUGAACUAUCAAAGAAAGAUGAAUUGCUUCGUAUCGUCUCAAUUGCUUCCGAGGAAAGCGAGACGGACUCCAGUUGCUCAACUCCACUUCGGUUCAAUGAGUCCUUCAGUGUGUCACAUGGUCUCUUGCAGUUGGAUAUUUUGCAGGAUAAACUCAAGGAACUGGAGGAGGAGAACUUAGCUCUCCGAUCAAAGGCUUGCCAUUUAAAGACAGAAACUAUUACAUAUGAAGAAAAGGAGCAGCAACUAGUCAGCGACUGUGUUAAAGAGCUCCGUGAGUAUCCAGGAGAAACAAAUGUUCAUAUUGCUAGAAUGACAGAGGAGCUAUCAGAAAAGAGUGAGGAGUUGGUUCGCUACCAGGAAGAGAUCUCAUCCCUUUUGUCUCAGAUUGUUGACCUUCAACAUAAACUCAAAGAGCAUGUAAUUGAAAAAGAAGAACUGAAGCUUCACCUGCAAGCUUCUAAAGAUGCCCAGAGGCAGCUGACAGCAGAGUUGCAUGAGUUACAAGAUCGGAAUGCAGAGUGUCUGGGGAUGUUGCAUGAAUCGCAAGAAGAAGUGAAGUAUCUGCGCAGCAAAUCCAGCUCUGCUUCUCUUUGCCGACCCCACUCAUGCGGAACGUUUCCUGCGGAAUCUCUUGCAGCAGAGAUUGAGGGGACAAUGCGUAAGGAGCUGAAUGUGGAUGAAGAAUCUGCCCUUUCUAAACAAAAGGUUCAGCAAAAGCGGGUAUUUGAUACUGUUAAAGUUGCUAAUGUCACACGUGGUCGCUCUUUCUCCUUUCCUGCCCCACUACCAAUCCCAGGAUCUAAUCGUUCAAGUGUUGUUAUGACAGCAAAACCCUUUCAAUCUGGCUUACAUCAGUUGGAGAGCAAGAUACAGCUGGCCAGAAGGAGCAAUUUGGAAGAAAUCGAGAAGGAUACCCCAAAACUGGGCCAGCCUGGAACCCUGGCAGAUAACGAUUUAACUACAGCUCUGCAUAGACUCUCCCUUCGUCGGCAGAACUACCUGAGUGAAAAGCAGUUCUUUGAGGAGGAAUGGCAGCGCAAGAUGCGUUCACUGGUUGACCAGAAAGAAGAGAGUAGCGGUUGCAGCACACCAACGGAGAGUUCCCUUUCCUUGGGGACAAACUCAGAACUCAUGGACUUUUCUGGGAGCUCUAGCAGCCUCCGUAUGUUCAUACCAGAGAAACUACAAAUUGUCAAACCUCUUGAAGGAUCUCAGACCUUGUUUCACUGGCAACAACUUGCUCAACCCAACUUAGGCACCAUCCUUGACCCAAGGCCUGGUGUUGUCACAAAAGGCUUCACUCUCCUGCCUGAGGAUGUUGUCUACCACAUCUCUGACUUGGAAGAGGAUGAUGAGGAAGAAGGGGAAGGAGGUAUAACUUUUCAAGUGCAACAAUCCUUUUUGAAGGAAAGGACGUGUCCAGUGCCAAAGCCUGUGUCAGGGAUCUUUCUGCCAUCUAUUACUUCGGCACCAAUGCCACUCACUGCCUCAAACCCGGGGAAGUGUCUCUCCUCUACUAACUCCACCUUCACCUUCACUACAUGUAGGAUCCUUCACCCCUCUGACAUAACUCAGGUUACCCCCAGUUCCACGUACGUACCGUUGUCACUUGGAAAUAGUGGCAGCAGUACUGUCAACACAAUGGUCAGCUCUCCAGCCAUGUCUUACAGACUGAGUAUUGGAGAAUUUCUCACCAAGAGGAGAGACUCUGCUACCACCUUCAGCAGCACUAGCAGUCUGGCUAAACUCCUGCAAGAACGAGGCAUUUCUGCCAAAGCUCAUGAUAAUCCCGUCUCAGAACAACUGCCUCUGCUACAGCCCCCACAAACCCUUCCCAUUCCUUCCACUCCACCAAAUUCUCCUUCUCAUUCACCGCAUCUUUCCCCCUUGCCAUUUGAGUCUCGAGCACAUCUCUCUGAAAAUUUCCUAGCAUCUCGACCAGCUGAAACAUUUUUGCAGGAGAUGUAUGGCCUGAAACCAGCUCAUAACCCUCCUGAUGUAGGCCAACUGAAGAUGAGCCUGGUGGAAAGGUUGAAGAGGUUGGGUAUUGCUAGAGCAGUUAAACCCCCUGAGGCAGGGGUCAAUGGAAAAAAUGAAGGGCCAGAAAUUGGCCUGAGAAAGCAAGACUCUGCUGUCUUCUUAAGUGCAGGUAGCAACUUAAUGGGAGUACUGAGAAGGAAUCAGAGUCUUCCAGUCAUGAUUGGGGCACUUGCAGCUCCAGCUUGCACAUCCUCAUCAAAAAUGGGCAUCUUGAAGGAAGACUGAUUUACCCAAAAGUGACAGACUUUUAGCAAGAGAGAGGAUAUAUAAAAAAUACAUAUCUGAUUAUAGGCAUGGAUUGAUAUGUAACAGCUGCAGAAGGCAUGUGCAUGUCGAAAGGUAUAGGAGAGGGGAAAGUAGAGGAGUUGAGGAAGAGGUGUGCACACGCACAUAAAGAUUUGAAGAAGAAAGUAUUGGAAAAAGAGCAAAGGAAAGAAAACCAAAGCCAAGCCUUGAGGUCCUUCAUGCAUCUUAGUAGUUUGAACAAAAGGAAAAAACAGACAUUUAUUGCUAUUUGUACCUUUAAGCUGGUGUCUGAGGACAUAAUGUGUUUAAUGUUUUUUUUCAUUUUUUCCACAUUAAUGGGAUUAUUUUAGCAAUGUGUAGUGGUCAUAAUGGGCCAUUUAGACGCUUUUGUUUCUUUUAGCGCUAUACUUGUCUUGUGCUAGACAAAAAUAAUUGAUGCAAAUCCCUCUUCUUAGUGAACAACAAAUACAGAACAACUUAUUUUUUUUCUGGGGGAGGGCUCUGUUUCCAAUUCAGAAAUUUAAUUCUGUAUAGAAAACACUAUUUCCAUUUGAAAACAGAAAUUGGGGCCAGGAUUUUUAUUUUUGGAUAAGUCCAAUGGUGCUAGUGGCAUAUUAAGAGAAUAGUUUCUUUUCAAACUUUCUGAAGGCUGUUAAAAGCACACAGAAGGAAGUGCAGUCAGGAAGACUGAAUCAGGAGACUGCAUAUUACAGAAAAAACUUUUAUGUCAAGCUAGGUAUUUUUUCCAAAGUAUACUAUGUAUAUUUUUAAUGAGAAGUUUUAUUUGCACAAAAAAUCUCAGGCACACUUUUAUAUUACAAAAGGUAGUAAAACUUAGGUGCUUGAUUCAGGUAUUACUUGUACUUCUAUCAAACAGGGAACAUAACAGAAGAUGAGAGUAGUUCUGUGACUGAUUCUUCUCUUGAAAUAUGGAUAGUCUCUACAUUUUCAGAGAACUUUUUCUAAAAGGUAUAUACGUAAUGCAUUUCACAUUUAAGUCCACUUCUCUGAGUCUAGGUAGGAUUCUCUUAAACAGAUUUCAUUGAAAAAAAAAUCCAGGAAAACUGUUCUCUAACUAUGUAGUACAAAAACAAAUAUUCAAGACUGGCACUAAAGCAGAAAGUAAGAUUAGAGACUAGUGCUUUUGGUUGCUACUUUUAUUAGAAGAUGAUCUGUAUCUUCUUUGGAGAGCAUUUCUGAACCUGUUUCUAAAUGAAACUAGUAGGAGACACUUUGUGCAUUGCAAAAUUUAUUUCUGUCCUUGGAUGUCGGUUGACAGGACACUUCAACCCUUAUUGCAUCAGGUUUGGGGAAAAUUCUAGCUGUAACUAAGCAUAAGAAGUUGAUUCUUUGCUGAGGUUCUUGGCAUAUAUGAAUGAUCUAUUCCAGAAGUUGGCAACCUUACAGGAGCAGCAGGCCAUAUUAGGGCAGUCCACUUUCUCUUGCCAUCUGUCUGCCCAGCUUCCUUCCCGCCCUCCCUUUUGCUAGCCGUAUGUUCCUAUUCCGUGUUCCCCCUUUACUGCCCACUCUCUUUGCCAGCUCCCCACCCACCCUCACUGGACACUUGUCCCCUGUGUUCCCAACCCAGCAACCUGUGCUCUCAACCCUGCCACCAUUUCUCCUAUGCUCCCAAUCUCUGCACCUGCUUCCCUUGCCAACUCCAGAUUCCCCCUGCUAGCUGCAAGCCAGAUAAGAUCACUUGGCAGGCCAACUCCAGUCUAUACCCAUAGGUUGCCAGCCACUGAGCUAUUUCAUGGUUUAUAAAGUAGUGACAUGAUGAAACCCUGCCCAGGCUGAUCAAGGAAAUGGAGCUUUGCUGGUAAACCUAGUGCAAACAAGGCUUUAAUCUCUGUCAUAGAACAGUUCGUUUGUAACUUAAUAGUAUCUGGAGAGAACUGCUGUUACUGUGGUUUUAAGCCCCAUCUCUUUGCAAUUCAUCCAAACAACCAAAAUGUACUCGAGUUGCUCAAGUGUAGUUUGUGAUGGAUUAGACCAGCAUGCAUACUUUGAAGGUUCACACCACACUGAAAUAUCAAACCAGGGUUUCAAACUGUUUUGGCUGGAUGGUCUUUACCUGCACUGGAACAGUUUCUGGUAUGGACUUUAAUACAUUUUAGUCUCAUUCACAUUGGCCAGCCCAUACCAUGAUAGGAUUAGUUUUGCCCAUAACCAUGUUGUGACAGUUGUGCUUAGUAAGGGUGGUCAGGCUCCAAGCUGACACCUUUGGGGAGUACAUUGGGGAAAGUGGGUAUAACUGCCAAGGGCAUGCCUAUCCUAAUCUGAGCUCUGGCCACUGCCAGGAUGAACAUAGAAGCUUUAAAUAGCAGAGGACAGAAAAUUACUGUGAAGUUGUUUUGUUUCAUUUCAUGAAGUGUCCUUUCCUACUUAUCCAGUCCUUCCUGUAUAUUAGUGAUGCUUUUGGAUAUAGUGUCAAAAUAUAUCUAUAUAUCUCAAACACUCCAGGCUUAUGCAAGGAUCCUAAGCUGCCAUGCCCAAGAGCAUUCAGUAGCAUUGGUAGUUGCCUUUUUGCACUAAGUAAAAUCCUGUACUACCUUUAAAAAGAUAUUACAUGAAGGAACAUAUUUAAAAUGCUUUAUACGGGUUAAUUCUUGUAUAAGUGACAAGUGUUCCCAAUUCAGGUUUGUUGUUUUCACUUGGUUCCACCCCCAAGGUUUGUACUGCCUGAGACUUGUGCCAGGCUUUGCCUUGCUAAGCAAGAUAAAUGAGAGGGGUUUUUUUAUUUGCUGUCUAAGGAACCAAGUGUCUAGUGAACUGCAGAUAUGGAGGGAAACAAAGUGAUGAAGUAGUAGACAAGUCAGACAGUCUUGUAUAUCCAGAGAAGACCGUAGUGUCCCAAGUUUAAUGUCCAGUUUAUGUACAUUUAUUAUAGAAAUAACUAAAUGGCAACGAGCUUUUUAAAUGUAUUAAAUAAUUUAGAAUUAAUGUGUGUAUUUCUAAGCAGAUUUGCUUAGAAUUGCUACAGAUGUUUGCUUCAUAUGCAUAUUAUCAGCAUAAAAAGCAAAUCAGCUAAUUUAGACUUUCACAGACCACAUUUCUGUCAGAGUUAAUUUAAAAGUACAAUAAUUUAAACACAUGUUUGUCCAAAUGGAGUGAAGCCUUUUUAAAAGUUGUUUUGAUUUGAGUGUCAGGAUAUUUCAGCCAAGAAAAGUAUAAUCUGGUGUGGUCCAAUCCAUGGUAUGGAGAUGUCUAAUAAAGUGUUUGUAAAACAGUUUGUCAUGAAAUACCUGCCUAAAGCAGGAAGGCAAUGAAAGCAGAGCAUGUACAGAAGUGUGGGAUUUGUUAUUAUCCAUUGAGUCAAAGCUUUGGUGCAAUACUGUUGAAGCUUUAUCUUGCAAAUUUACAUCAUGGAUACUCAUGUAUGUUUUGUGUCUAAUUUUCAGUGUCAGGGAAAAUUAAACUUGGAGGAUGUAGCAAAGGCUUGUGCCAAAUCUGAGAAGGCAGCUUUUAGAGAAUGGCUUUCUUGUUGAUGAUAGCAUAUUUAGUUGCUGGUGUUUCAAAAAAAAUGAUCAGUUUGUCUGCAUCGCAGCAGGGACUAUGCAUUUGCAGGAUUGAGAAAGCUAAGCUUCAGUAAAAGGGUCUUGAUAAAUUCAGGGUGUCUUAGACACUGAGUAAUAACUACAUUUGAGAGUGGCCCUAUAGCCACAAACUGCAGGGUGGAACAAAAAUUGGAGGUACAAGUAGUAAAAGGAAGUUAGCCAUUGCUUUUAUUAUGGAAGACCCUCAGAAGGUGCAAGUGAAUGGGGUUCCUGCAGUGUUGGCCUUAUUCAUGUUUUUAUGUAUACUUUGGUAAAGUACACAUUUAACUGAGGGCUGUUGAGUCUUCCUAGGUGGACUUCUUUGGUGUAAACCUCUUACAAACCUGUAUGAUGUUAAUACAUAGAGUUGGUAAAAUGGGAUGUGUUAGAAGAAAAUCAACUGUAAUGAAAACAGCAUACAGAAGCGCAAAGGUUUGAGGUCUGAAUCCUGUUUAGUUGCACAGGAUGUUUGUGCACACUUUGGGAUCUACAAAUACAAGGGGUUUUUGUUCAUCUGCUUUUUGCACUUAAAUAUUUGUUUUAUAGUGGAAUGUAAAAUUUGAUAAUAAAUAUGUAUAACAUGCCUUUUUACAUUA